UCGGACAUGAAAACCUGAGGCGGGCGACGGGGCUGGGCUGCGGACAUGUUUGGCCGCUCGCGGAGCUGGGUGGGCGGGGGCCACGGCAAGUCCUCCCGCAACAUCCACUCCUUGGACCACCUGAAGUACCUGUACCAUGUUUUAACCAAAAACACCACCGUCACAGAACAGAACCGGAACCUGCUGGUGGAGACCAUCCGUUCCAUCACUGAGAUCCUGAUUUGGGGCGAUCAGAAUGACAGCUCUGUAUUUGACUUCUUCCUGGAGAAGAAUAUGUUUGUUUUCUUCUUGAACAUUCUGCGGCAGAAAUCAGGCCGAUAUGUAUGUGUCCAACUGCUACAGACCUUGAACAUUCUCUUUGAGAACAUCAGCCACGAGACUUCACUCUAUUAUUUACUGUCUAAUAACUAUGUAAAUUCGAUCAUUGUCCAUAAAUUUGACUUUUCUGAUGAGGAGAUCAUGGCAUAUUACAUCUCGUUCCUGAAAACACUUUCGUUAAAGCUCAACAACCACACUGUUCAUUUCUUUUACAAUGAGCACACCAAUGACUUUGCCCUGUACACAGAAGCCAUCAAGUUCUUCAAUCAUCCCGAGAGCAUGGUUCGCAUUGCUGUGAGAACCAUCACCUUGAAUGUCUACAAAGUGGAUAACCAGGCCAUGCUGCACUACAUCAGAGACAAAACUGCUGUCCCAUACUUCUCCAAUUUGGUCUGGUUCAUUGGGAGUCACGUGAUUGAACUUGACAACUGUGUGCAGACAGAUGAGGAGCACCGGAAUCGGGGGAAACUGAGUGACCUGGUGGCUGAGCACCUGGACCACCUGCAUUAUCUCAAUGACAUCCUAAUUAUCAACUGUGAGUUCCUCAAUGAUGUGCUCACAGACCACCUACUCAACAGGCUCUUCCUGCCACUCUAUGUGUACUCACUGGAGAACCCGGAAAAGGGAGGAGAACGCCCAAAAAUCAGCCUACCAGUGUCCCUCUAUCUUCUCUCCCAGGUCUUCCUCAUUAUACAUCAUGCCCCACUGGUGAACUCUCUGGCUGAAGUCAUUCUGAAUGGUGAUUUAUCUGAGACAUACACAAAGCCUGCGCAGGAUGUUCCCAGAAGUUCUGCCAAGCCCAGCAUCCGGUGCUUCAUUAAGCCCACUGAGACACUCGAGAGGUCCCUUGAGAUGAACAAGCACAAGGGCAAGAAACGGAUGCAAAAGAGACCCAACUACAAAAACGUUGGGGAAGAGGAGGACGAGGAGAGAGGGCCAGCUGAAGAUGCCCAGGAAGACGCUGAGAAGGCUAAAGGUACAGAGGGUGGUUCAAAAAGCAUGAAGACAAGUGGGGAGCGUGAAGAGAUUGAGAUGGUGAUCAUGGAGCGUAGCAAGCUCUCAGAGCUGGCCACUGCCGGGGCCUCGGUGCGGGAGCAGAACACCACCGAUGAGGAGAAGAGCGCUGCCACAGGCUCAGAGAGUACACAGUUGAGCAGACCCUUCCUGGAUAUGGUAUACCAUGCCCUGGACAGCCCUGAUGACGACUAUCAUGCCCUCUUCGUGCUCUGCCUCCUGUACGCCAUGUCUCAUAACAAAGGCAUGGAUCCUGAAAAACUAAAGCGAAUCCAGCUCCCAGUACCAAGUGCAGCCGAGAAAACCACCUACAACCAUCUGCUGGCUGAGAGACUCAUCAGAAUCAUGAACAAUGCUGCCCAACCAGAUGGCAGAAUCAGGUUAGCCACACUGGAGCUGAGCUGCCUACUCCUGAAGCAGCAAGUACUGACCAGGUCUGGCUGCAUCAUCAAGGAUGUGCAUCUGGCCUGUCUAGAGGGUGCAAGAGAAGAGAGUGUCCACCUUGUACGGCAUUUCUAUAAGGGAGAAGAGAUUUUUUUGGACAUGUUUGAAGAUGAGUACAGGAGCAUGACAAUAAAGCCCAUGAAUGUGGAAUAUCUCAUGAUGGAUGCUUCCAUCCUCCUGCCUCCAACGGGCACUCCACUGACUGGCAUUGACUUUGUGAAGCGGCUGCCAUGUGGUGAUGUGGAGAAGACACGGCGGGAGAAGUUCCCAGAAGCGGAAUUUCUGAUUCAAAGGGCCAUCCGGGUAUUCUUCAUGCUGCGUUCCCUGUCACUGCAGCUGCGUGGAGAACCUGAGACCCAGUUGCCACUGACUCGGGAGGAGGACCUGAUCAAAACAGAUGAUGUCUUGGAUCUGAAUAACAGUGACUUGAUUGCAUGCACAGUCAUCACCAAGGACGGCGGCUUGGUCCAGCGCUUCCUGGCUGUGGAUAUUUACCAGAUGAGCCUGGUGGAGCCUGAUGUAUCCAGGCUUGGCUGGGGAGUGGUCAAGUUCGCAGGCCUUCUGCAGGACAUGCAGGUGACAGGAGUGGAGGAUGACAGCCGUGCCCUGAAUAUCACCAUCCACAAACCUGCCUCCAGCCCACACUCUAAGCCCUUCCCCAUCCUGCAGGCCACCUUCGUGUUCUCUGAUCAUAUCCGCUGCAUCAUUGCCAAGCAGCGCCUGGCCAAGGGCCGCAUCCAGGCUAGGCGUAUGAAGAUGCAGAGGAUAGCCGCCCUUCUGGACCUCCCAAUCCAGCCUACAACUGAAGUCCUAGGAUUUGGUCUCAGCAACUCCUCCUCCCAGCACCUGCCUUUCCGUUUCUAUGACCAGUGCCGCCGAGGCAGCAGUGACCCCACAGUGCAGCGCUCUGUGUUUGCAUCCGUAGACAAGGUGCCAGGCUUUGCUGUGGCCCAAUGCAUAAACCAGCAUAGCUCUCCGUCCUUGUCAUCACCAUCACCACCAUCUGCCAGUGGGAGCCCCGGCGGCAGUGGGAGCACCAGCCACUAUGACUCAGGGGGCUCUUCCUCCACACCCUCAGCAGCACAGAGCCCAGCAGAUGCCCCCACAACUCCAGAACAGCCUCAGCCUCACCUUCUAGACCAGUCAGUGAUUGUGAAUGAAAUGGAUGUCAACUCCAAGCCCAGCAAGAACUUGGCCAGAAGCUCUGAGGUGGAGACCAUGCACCUGGCCCCCAGCCUCCUCCCCGCCCAGCAGCCCACCAUCUCCUUGCUCUAUGAGGACACUGCCGACACACUGAGUGUUGAGUCACUGACCCUUGUGCCCCCAGUCGAUCCCCACAGCCUCCGAGCCCUCACUGGCAUCCCCCAGAACUCCACACUGGCUGCAGCAGGCACAGAGACUCCAGAUGAAGAUACUGUAUACCCAGAGUCUGCGAGCCCCACAGAACACUGAGUGGACACCCAAGGAUCUCCCUUUGUGUGUGCAGCCUGCACACACACUGCAGGGAUCCCAGUGCAGUUUGUGACUGCAAGACACAUUGGGAGCAGCCACAGUUCUCCAUGACCUUGGAAACUGUCCCUGACACCUCUCCCUGCAAGACAGCCAUGUACCAUUGGAGUUUCUCAUUUGCUCUGACCUCUUCCUGAGCAGGCUGGGAUCCCAGAGACAGCCUCUUAUGUACAGAUGAUGGCAUUGGCCACCUCAGAGGGGUCCGGGGCCCUGUCUCUGAUCUGACAGCCCGGGUAGCACCCUCCUUCAGGCAGCUCCCUUGUCUUCACUCCCAGUGUGUACAGGCGUGGACAAGGUUACUUUGGGUAGAACUCUGUAGAGAAACACCUAGAUAAACAUCUCUUUUGGGCUAUUUAUUUCUGGUUUUGGCAAAAGGUAAAGAAAUUUAUUUAAAAAGAAUAUUUGAGGGGAGGGGCAAAAAGGAAAGUUCUCAACCAUAAGGCUCGGUGUCAUAUUAGAAGUGUCAGCCGUUAAGGUUCCCCUUCUGUAUAACUUGUCCGUGUUUUUAUUCUGAAGUUGUGGUGUCAUUUCCUCUGUUCUCCUGGGUGAUUCUUGUUUCUCUGUCCCCAAUUCUACAAGCCUGUGGAUGACAAAUUCUCUCCCUGAAACAUUCAGAUACUUCUGAACAAAAAGAGAGCUCAGAGUCUUCUCAGGCCAUGUGGAGUGAGAAGGCCAGCUUCUGUGCUGUCACGUGACCUGGGUGGCAUUCUCUCCCUGCUUAGGACACCACAUAGGCACAGCUUCAGCUGCCUUCUCUCUUCAGUCAAGAAAGAUCCACUGGGACCAUGGAGGCCCUAGUCCAAGUGACCAUGACAGGAGUCAAUGGAUUUAAGGCACAGGAAGUCAUCCUCAGAUGUGACCAACUCCCCAGUAUGCAUAUGGAUGCCCAACCAGGGGCCCAGGCGCAAGUCAUGUGACCCAAAAGCAGAAUCUUCCCUCCCCUGCCCAUUGCUGCCACUACCACACAGCUUGUUUCAGUAUGAAAAUCCCAUACUUCUAGGCAUGUGUCAGCUGUUCCAUCAGCCCCCAGCCUUCCUUUGUACUCAGCCAACCAGAACACCACCCAUGGCUCCAUGACAAGACCUUCUGUGGCUUUCCUGCCAGUGUGGCCUCACCCAUGUCAGUAUCCACCAAAGGCUAACCACAAGUGUAUCCCUGGGAGGCAUGUCACCAUCUGCCCAUCAGAAGUCCCCGCCACCUUUGUGCAGCCCACUUCUCUGCAGCCCAAGUGCUCCCCAGGAGGGGAGUGGUACCUAUGUGGACAGACUGCUCUGGUGGGCAUGAACCCUAGUGGGCAUACUCAGAGGCAGAAGCUCCAAAGGCCAGGAGCCUUAGCAGACCCCUGGAAAAGGAGAGAAAGGGUGGGCACUGGAAAGAAGGGCUCUCUGGGCCCCCACAGCCAACUCUGGGUAUUUCUUGGUCACUUGCAGGGAGAGCUAGACACAGGAGCAGGCACUUUGGGUUUUGAAAUGACUGUUUCUAGGGCAGCAUAAAUGUUCUAAAAAUACAAGUGACUCUCUACCUUGUAGUGUGACCAUGAGAGAAACGCCUGCAACCACCCUAACCCACCCCUGUGUGACUAGCCUCUUAUCUGUGAUCAGGAGGUUUCAAGGAAGGGAAAAGGCCAUGACCAAGGUGGUCAGCAAAACCUGAAAGGGCAGCUUCUAUGUAAUGUUCACCAAGGACAAGCCUGUCCCCUGCAGCUUGCAAUACUGGUCCCAAAGGCUUCCUGUGAACAGAGCUCCCUGGCCCAGUGCUGAUGAGGGAGGGGGGUCCUAGAGGAAACAGCUGGCCAGGGCACUUCUGCAUCUAGGUCUUGGUGGCAAUGGGCACAACCAAUCUUCAGGAGUACUCUACUAACUCGGAAACUACUCUCCUGGUAGACCCAGCCAGAGAGAAGAUGCUGGGUCUCCCACGGUCAACAGUGGGAGGUAGAACUGAAGGAUACCAGGUCCAGAAGGGCCCACAGUUUCUGAGCUGGAGGUCCCAGAGUCAGCUUCAAAAUCAUUAGUCCCGUCUCCAAGGCCGUGCACACCAUGCCUGUCCUGGUCUCUCCCCCUUCUGCCACUGCCCCCGGACAGACUUACAGAGCUGGCCACAUAAACCCCACAUUUCAGCUUUGACUAUCACAAUAGAGAAGCGCAGCUCUGCUCCUCCCUAUCUGGAGGCUCUGGCAGGCAGGACACUUCCCACAGGUCAGACUGUAGUGGUAAGCUCCCAGGGUGGUGGAGGUGGUGGAAGAAGCUUCCAGAGCUGACCCUCAGCACCCGGCCUAGCCACCCGCCCAGAUACUUGCAUUGGCAGGGGCUGGACACCUACAUCCCUCCUAAGGAUGGUGCUGGCUUUCUCUGCAGCCUCCGAAAUGCACAGUUGUAAAUAAGGCACAGGUAAGCCAGGUCUGGUCAUGUAGAUGCAAUAAAUAUACUUCACACAGUACCAACGGGUAGAAGACUAAAAGCUUCCUCCCUCCCUCAGCGCUGAAGCUGAGGGAUUCUUGCAAAGCGGGGGCAGGGCUGGAAAGCUCUGGCCAGGGAAGUGCUUGCUUCUGCCAUCAGGAUUUAGACUUUGUGGGGACUGAACCUGUCAUGGGGGGCAUGAAAGCUAGAACUUCCUUGUAAAUUGGAACUUGGCAAUAAAAAGCAAAACCAAUGGA